AUGCCGACCGCGACCACGCAAGCCCGGGUGGCCGUCCUGAGUCCGGUGCACGCGCUUGUGCCAGUCUUUGCCAGUCCCUCGAGUGCCGGGCCACAUUGGCGCGUCAGCAAGAUUGCGUCGAGCAGACUAGGCGCUGCUAGGGCGAUGCAUCUCUGCGCCGUAGUUGUUGGGCGCGAACGGGAAUUUAUUCUUGCUCGCUGCGCGACCCCGAUUCGAUCUGGCGUGUGGCAGCGUUGGCAGGUCCAGCGUCUUUCGGCAGCUGCCCGAACUGGGUCUGGGCCAGACCGUCUCCAGCAGCCUCGUCAGCUUCGGACGGCCGAGCCAAUCGCUGCCCUGCGCUCGACGACAUUCCUUCGCACAAGGCUGAGGGGAGCUCUCUCAACCGACCUCGACCUCGACCUCGACCUGGGCCACCCAUCCCCGAGCUUGCUUCCUCGCGAGCUGGUCGCAACCAUGGCCGUCUCCCCCAUGGUGCUGUAUCCGACGGAUGCCCUGCAGAAUGCCAACAUCAGAGCCGUGUCAUCGCCGCUGAAGAAUGCCAGCUCGGCGCAGGCGUCUUCCAAUGGCACGCCCGCCGCUACCGUCGUCCCCAAUGCGGCGGCGGCAGUCCAGUCGACGUCUCUGGAUAUCGCCGAGCAGUUGAACGAGGACGAGAAGCGCAAAUAUGUCAAAGGCAAGAAGCUUGGUGAGGGUACCUACGCCAACGUCUACCUGGGCCACCUGCGCAACGACCCCUCGCAGCUCGUCGCCAUCAAGAAGAUCAAGGUGCAGAAGGAGUACACCGAGGGAAUGGCCCCCGACGCCGUGCGGGAGAUCAAGCACCUGCAGGAGCUGUCCCACCCCAACAUCAUCACCCUGCACACCGUCUUCUCCUCCAAGGACCAGAACCUCAACCUCGUCCUCGAGUACCUCCCGCUCGGCGACCUCGAGAUGCUCAUCCGCGACGAGAAGGGCGUGCACUACGGCGCCGCCGACAUGAAGGCCUGGAUCGGCAUGCUCACACGCGCCGUCUGGUUCUGUCACGAGAACUUCGUGCUGCACCGAGAUAUCAAGCCCAACAACUUGCUGAUCGCCGCCGACGGCGAGGUCAAGCUUGCCGAUUUUGGUCUCGCGAGAAGCUUCUCAGAUCCCUACAAGCCCAUGACCUCCAACGUCAUCACCCGCUGGUACCGGCCCCCGGAGCUGCUGUAUGGCGUGAAGCACUACUCGGGGGCUGUAGACAUCUGGUCGGUCGGCUGUGUUAUUGCAGAGCUGGUCAUGAGGGCCCCUUUCAUGCCCGGUAACACCGAGCUCGAACAGAUCAACCUCAUCUGCCUGCGUCUCGGCACACCGACCGAGGAGAACUGGCCCGGCGUCACCAAGCUCAAGGAGUACACGACGGGCGACACCGUGACCCCCGUCCCGACAAAGACCCAGUAUCAGCAGUGGGGCUUCGGGGCGCUGGGCAACGAGGGCGUCGACCUGCUCAUGAAGACGCUGAGGCUGGAUCCCAAGAAGAGGAUAACGGCCCGAGAAAUGCUCGACCACGAGUACUGGAGUACCGAUCCCAAGCCCACUCGCCUCAAGGACCUGCCAAGGAAAGCUGGAGGGGAGGAAAAACUGGGCGCCGACCUCAAGAGGCCACCGGGUAUGGUCGAUGAGAGCCGAGGCAACAAGGUGGCGCGGAAGCUAGACUUUGGGGCUGCAAAUUAG